UACUCGAAUGCCGCGUCAAGGAAAGGAAAGAAGAAGGCAGUGGUGUUUUCACUCAGCUGUUCUCUCAGUUUCACUCCAGCACACCGAGGGCGUGAGCACAGCCAUGGCCACAACCCAGUCGAUGUUCGCUGUAGCAGUGUGCGUCCUGAUGAUCACCGAGAUAAUCUUGGGCCAGAAAAGUUACUAUGAAAUCCUAGGGGUUCCCAAAGAUGCGUCUGAGCGCCAAAUCAAGAAGGCCUUCCACAAACUGGCUAUGAAGUAUCACCCAGACAAGAACAAAAGCCCAGACGCAGAGGCAAAGUUCAGGGAGAUUGCUGAGGCAUACGAAACGCUGUCUGACACCAAGAGGAGGCAGGAGUACGAUCAGAUGAGGAGCAACCCUUUCUCCAGGGAGGGCACACAAGGAACCAGGGGCGGUCAGUUCCAGCAACCGUUCAGCUUUAAUUUUGAGGACAUGUUCAGUGACUUUGAUAUUUUUGGCCAGCCGACACGCUCCCAGCGUAAAAGGCAUUUUGAGAGCCACUUUCAAGGCCACGAAGAGGCGCACAGAAGCAGCUUCCAGAGUCCUUUCGGAGGCAACAUGUUCAAUAUGUUUUCAGACUUUUUCUCGUUCGACGGACGCUCAAACGGCGGCGGGUUUCACAGCUCGGACAGCCAGCAGCGCUGCCACACAGUCACUCAGCGCAGAGGAAACAUGGUGACCACAUACACAAAGUGCUCCUGAUUUCUACUGCGCUCAAGUCUUUGGUUUUGAUGUUAAUUUAAUUUCUUGCUCAUGCUUACUGUUGUGACUGAACCGUUUGGUGCAGAGUAAUGCUCCUGACUUUACACACUUUAAAUGAAGGGCUUAAUUUCAGGGGGUUAUAAAAAUAAAAAAUCUAAAUAUCUAAGCUGAUAUAUGUACACUCACUGGCCAAUUUAUUAGGUACACCUGCUGUUUUACACUGUCGUCUAAUCCGCCAAUCCCUUGACAGCAGCACAAUGCUUAAAAUCAUGCAGAUACAAAUCAAGAGCUUCAGUUAAUGUUCACAAUGUUCAAAUAUCAGAAAACUUUUUGGUUUGAGUGUUUCAGAAACUGCUGAUCAGCUGGGGUUUUCACACACAACGGUCUCUAGAGUUUAUACAGAAUGGUGCGAAAAACAAAAAACACCGAGUGAGUGAGAGUUCUGUAGGUGGAAACAAACGCCUUGUUGAUAAGAGAGGUCAGAGGAGGACGACCGAUUCCUUCAAGCUGCCAGGAAGGAUAUAGUAACUCAUAGCAACUCUUUACAACCGUGGUGAGCAGAAAAGCAUCUCAGCAUACAACAGCAGAAGACCACAUUGGGCUCCACUCCUGCCAGCCAAGAACAAGUUCCUAUUAAAGUGGCCGGUGAGUGUACUGUAAGCUAAGAAGUUUCGCACGCCUGGCUUCAUGUUUCUGUAAGCAGACGUAUGGUACAACCAAAAAUGGAGCCAGUUUUGGCGAGAGAGUAGAGGACAAUCCCUACGUCUUAAAUCUUAAGAAGUCGUGUAUUGAAUUGCAUGUUUCAGCAAUUCACAUCAUACAGAUGACCUUCAUUGGCAGACGACACGUUUUUUAAAAAGGCUAGAAAAUGUGAAAAGAUCGUUGCAUCAUAUGUACAAUAUAUGUAAGAGAUUUGGAUAACCCCCAAAAGAAUAGAUUUGAAAAUAUUUCCUGUUCUGGCUUUAAAGUCGUGACUUUUUUUUUUUUUAAAUUUCAUGUGAAAGUACUGUACGAGUGAAAGACAUGAAUGAACAUGGAAGAGAUUCUGUUAACUCCGACACAAUCUCAAAGCUGACGAGCGAGACUUCGUGGCCCUUUGGCGAAUCUUCUUGUCAUAUGUUGCACAAUGCUUUAUCAAGCAACUUGCUUGGUUGUCGGUUCAUGUGUCUUCCUUGUACUUGCGCACAGCGCUGACACUGACGCUGAGCAGUCCUCAUGCUUUCCCACAGAGCCCCAGCAGUGGAGAGAGGAAGCACACUGAAAACAUAAAACUCCUGAUUUUAUCCCUGAGACCCAAAACUGGGGGCUUCCCUCUUAAUGUGCAAUAAUUACACACGUCUUCUGUUGUGUUUGGGAAUCCUGUCAAGUAACACAGCCUGUUCCGUCCCUCAGGGUUAACAGACAUUUUCAUCUGUUUGUUUGUUUUCCUUAAGUGCACAUUUGCAUGUGGUUUGAUGCAAAGUAACAUAUUAUUCAAGUCUGUAAUCCAACUUGAUCAGAGAAAACAUCAGUAUCAUGGUCUCUGUUUUUGCAAAUGGUAAAACAAACAGGUUGUCUAUUUUUGAACAUGUCUUAAUGGUUUACGGAAGUUAAACCCUUUAAUGAAUGUGAGCGUCGUUUAUCAGCUUCACAGGAUUCUUUUUCAACAGUUACCUCAUGAUAUGACAUCGGUGUACAGGAUGUUGUGCAAUACUAUAGUUUGUGGUUGCUUUCAGUUUUGUUUUUUCUUGAACGAAUCUGCCUACUUUUGAUGAUUGUACACAAAUGCCUUCAAUACCUCUGUGGUUUAUUUUAUGGGUGUAACGAGAUGCUUGAAAUGCUCUUUUUUUUUUUUUUGCUUUGUGUCAAUAAAAUGUGCGGUAUUAAAA